AUGGUAUUGUAAUAACAUUUUCAGAAUAUCACAUGGGGGAAAUUACAUGUUUGACUUUAAGGGCAAAGGACCAGGUGGAUCACCAACGUGAAGUUCACAUCAAUGUCAUUUAGUCUUGGGCUCGGAUGUUAGGAAACUUUCCUGCGUACUCCCAGGCUGAUAAAGCUUUUUGGCCUUGCACUUUCACAACAUAAAAACCCAAGCUGAACAGCUCAUCCCGUACCGUGUUAUCCCAUUCAGACUGUGCGAUAUAUUCAGUUAAAUCUACAUGACAGCAAAUGACCUCAAUGCCCCCAGGGGGGGUUGGGCAGUUGAAACGAGGCGAGGUUGUUUGGACAAAUCAAAAGACUGUUGUAAACAUAGCAGUGGGGAGGGUUUCACUGAGCAAAUCCUUCCCCUUUUCUACUCUGGUUAUCCCUCUGCCUCUCCUACAUCAGUGUCCGUCUCAUGAUCAGUGUCCAUCUCAGGCCAUCCGGAACCCUGCAUGGCCAAAGAGAUGGCAGCUCCUGCUCUGGAGUGCACCUGCACACCAUCUCCCACCUUGCCAGGUGUUUUUUUCACUGGUUCACCUCCACAGGAAGAUCUGUGUGCACUGUAAGUGUCGCCGAGAGGAGCAUGCAGUGACGGCCAUGCCCGUGGAGAUGGAGAAGACGGUCACCAAGCUCAUGUACGACUUCCAGAGGAACUCCACCUCAGACGACGACUCCGGCUGCGCCCUGGAGGAGUACGCUUGGAUACCCCCCGGCCUCAAGCCAGAGCAGGUACACCAGUACUAUAGCUCCCUGCCUGAGGACAAGGUGCCCUACGUCAACAGUCCUGGGGAGAAGUACCGCAUUAAACAGCUGCUCCAGCAGCUCCCCCCCCAUGACAAUGAGGUUCGCUACUGCAACAGCCUGGACGACGAGGAGAAGCGGGAACUCAAGCUCUUCAGUAACCAACGGAAACGGGAGAACCUGGGCCGCGGCAACGUCCGGCCCUUCCCCGUCACCAUGACGGGGGCCAUCUGUGAGCAGUGCGGGGGUCAGAUCAACGGCGGCGACAUGGCGGUGUUUGCGUCGCGGGCGGGCCACGGCGUGUGCUGGCACCCCGGCUGCUUCGUGUGCGGCGCCUGUGACGAGCUGCUGGUGGACCUCAUCUACUUCCAUCAGGAGGGGAAGAUCUUCUGCGGACGGCACCACGCCGAGAGGCUGAAGCCUCGCUGCACCGCCUGCGACGAGAUCAUCUUUGCGGACGAGUGCACCGAGGCGGAGGGCCGUCACUGGCACAUGAAGCACUUCUGCUGCUUCGAGUGUGAGACGGUGCUGGGGGGCCAGCGCUACAUCAUGAAGGAGGGCCGGCCCUACUGCUGCUCCUGCUUCGAGUCCCUCUACGCCGAGUACUGCGACUCCUGCGGGGAGCACAUCGGCAUCGACCAAGGGCAGAUGACGUACGACGGGCAACACUGGCACGCCACCGAGGGCUGCUUCUGCUGCGCCCGCUGUAAGGACUCCCUGCUGGGACGCCCCUUCCUGCCCAAGCAGGGCCAGAUCUUCUGCUCGCGGGCCUGCAGCCUGGGGGGGGAGCCAAACGGGUCGGACUCCUCCGACUCCGCCUUCCAGAGCGCCCGCUCCACCAGAGAGUCCAGACACAGUGCCAAGGCGGGAAAGAGUAGUGGAAGGGCAGGGGGAGGAGGAGGAGGAGGUGGAGGAGGAGGACGUCAGGCCGAGAGGUGUUCUGGGGAGGUAGACCCAUUGUCCUUACAAAUGGACCUCCUGAGCCUCUCUAGCCAAACCCCAAGCUUGAACCGCGACCCCCCUGCCUGGCAGAGCCAGGACCCGGGGAGGGCGGAGGACUGUAUCUACGAGCAUCAGGUGGAUUCCAUGUCAAACCCCACGCCUCUUCAGCUCGUCAGCAAAUGUAACAUCAGGACUUCAUAUAACCCCGCCUCCGGUGGACAGAACAUGCAACUGCAGGACCACAGGAUCAAGCAGGAGAGCGGGGAGGGUAAGAGGCCACCCAUCUCCGCCUUAAAGGGCCACUCACUGAACCAAAGCUGGGGCCAGCCACCCGCUCCAGAAGACUAUUGUCCCCCCAAACUGAGGACCCAACAGAGCUGCAUUGAGAUGUCCCACAAUUCACAGUACCACUUCUCCAACGACAAGCGGUCGGUCAGCCUGCACGGGUUCCAGAGGGACCGGGAGGGGGCGCCGCAGACCCACGCCCAGCUGGGGAGAAGCAGGAACCCCAUCAACGCACUUAACUUCAACGAGCAACUCACACCCCUGGAGCAAACCCCGAGAGGAUCCAUCGAGUCCCUGGCCCUCUCCCACACUACAGGUCACUCUGCAGAUGGAGGCGGGAAGCGACAGGAGCACCUCUCUCGGUUCUCCAUGCCCGACCUGAGCAAAGACUCUGGGAUGAACAUAUCGGAGAAGAGCAACAUGGGCACCUUCAACUCCUCGGCGCAGUUCCGCAGCUCCGAGUCCAUCCACAGCCUCAGGGCGGCGGGCCAGGCCUACAUGGAGAUCGACCCUCCCGCAGCCUCCAAGUACCAGAGGCAGUACAGCGAGCCCCCCGGCCUGGGGGGCGGGAGCCGCGUCCCCCCGGGCUUCACCUACCAGGAGGAGGACCGGGUCAGCCUGGUGAGCAGCGCCAACGCAGCCCGCCUGCCGCCCAUCAGCGAGCGCCGGGGCGGCGGCGGCGGCGGCGGCGGCGGCGGCGGCGGGAACAGCCGCGGAGCCGGCGUUCGGAUCGAGGCGCCGGCAGACGACAACACCCCCCAGCGCCGCCGGCACCACCACCACCACCACCACUCCCGCAGGUCCCGGCGCUCCCGCUCGGAGAACGCCCUGCACUUGGCGGCCGAGCGCCGGGAGAGGCCGCCGCUGCGUGGCCGCGAGGACUACGACCGGUUCCCCCCGCCGAGGGGCGCCCAGGACGCCUUCGGGGGAGGGGGGGCUGACCGGAGGUACCAGCCGCAGCCCUUCAGGCAGUGUCCCCGGACCACCUCGGACCUGACGCUGCAGAACCCCGGGGGGGCGUUCCGCCGCGUGGGGGGGCUGAACCAGUACUCCUGGGACCAGUACGAGGACGACGACUGGUGCUCCACCUGCUCCUCCUCGUCAGAGUCGGAGGACGAGGGCUACUUCCUGGGGGAGCCUAUCCCCAGGCCGGUCCAGAUGCGCUACCUCAGCAACCAGGAGUUCGUCCACAAGUUCAACGGCAGCAGCGGGGGGGUCCCGGGACCCAACAGUCGGGCGACGAGCGGGCAGAUGCACAACCGCAAACGCAGGAAGAGCAAGAACUGCAUCAUCUCCUAACACCCCGGA